AUGAGUGGUGCGAGUGAUCCAAUCACCAGGGAGGUGGAAGACCAGAGCAACCACGUUGCAAGCGGUGGAGAAGUCAUAAUAGGGAAGAUAGCUAAAGAGGAAGUAAUGGAGAAUACACCAAACGGUACACCCAACAAUACACCCAACGGGGUAAGCCGGGAAAGACAUUUAAAUGGUCCGGAUCAGGUGGUUCCAUCUGAAAGUUACACCACCUCACUACCAGGCGAAUUUGUCAAACUACGGAUUGAAUCUAGAGGCCCAGCAGCUGAACCUGCCAUCUCGGUGCCCGGCUUGCUCAGCAGGACUGUAGCCAGAUACCCAGAUGCUACGGCACUAGCCACAAAAAAAGCUGAUGGAAAGUGGCACAAAAUUACUUACAAACAGUAUCAACAGCGUGUGCGAACGGCGGCAAAGGGUUUUCUAAAACUUGGACUGGAGCGAACAAAUUCUGUUUGUAUCCUCGGCUUUAACUCAGAAGAAUGGUAUAUCGCCGAUCUAGCAGCUAUACACGCAGGUGGUUACGCAGCGGGUAUUUACACAACCAACUCGGCGGAGGCCUGUUACCACUGCCUAUUGUCAUCUCGAGCCAACAUCUGCGCCGUACAAGACAAGAAGCAACUCGACAAGAUCCUGUCCGUGAAGGACAGGCUCCCACUAUUGAAGGCUAUCGUGCAAUGGGAAGGAAAAGUUGAUACUUCCAUUCCUGGAGUCUACAGUUUUGACCAGGUAAUGGAAAUGGGUGCUAAAGAGCCGGACACUGAGCUCAACAAUGUACUGAAAACCAUUGCGGUGAAUGAAUGCUGUACUUUGGUAUACACAUCAGGUACGGUGGGGGCACCAAAAGCUGUGAUGUUGUCACACGACAACUUGACGUGGGACGCGUUCUCUAUCAGCGAACGGGUCGGGGAUCUCAAGCCUACACAGGACAGACUCAUCUCCUUCCUGCCGUUGAGUCACGUCGCUGCUCAGGUUGUUGACAUCUAUACAACACUGGCUAAUGCUGUAUGUGUGUACUUCGCAAAACCGGACGCUCUCAAAGGAAGCCUCGUGGAGACGCUCAGGGAAGUCAAGCCAACCAGGUUCUUAGCAGUACCUCGUGUUUGGGAGAAGAUGUACGAGAAGAUUAUGGCUGUGGGCGCCUCCAGCGGUUACAUCAAGAAACAGAUCGCCAUGUGGGCCAAAGAUAAGGGGCUCAAAUACCAUGUGGCUAGGAUUAAUGGCUCCCUAUCAAGCAGUAUGAACAGUCUGCCGCUAGACUUCACCACUGGCGAAAUGGUCAAGUUUUGGAUCGAUGGCUCAUCAUUUGGAUACAAAAUGGCUAAGUACCUAGUAUUUAACAAGGUACACGAGACUCUAGGCCUCGACCAGUGCACCACAUUUGUGACGGCUGCCGCACCUCUCUCGGCAGAUAUCAAGAAGUUCUUCCUAUCCCUCGACAUACCCAUUGUGGAUGCAUUCGGCAUGAGUGAAGCUUCUGGAGCACAUUCCCUUAGCAUAUAUCCCAAAUUAUCAUUGGAUUCUGCGGGAGAACUCCUACAAGGUACAGAGACAAAGUUUGGUGGUUCUAUAAGCUCGAAUGGUCCUGGAGAGAUUAUGAUGCGUGGUCGACAUGUAUUCAUGGGCUACCUCAAUGAUUCUGUUAAAACCAAGGACGCCAUUAACGACGAUGGCUGGCUGUUAUCAGGAGAUAUCGGCAGGGUGGACAGUAAUAACCUCCUUUAUAUAACUGGAAGAAUAAAGGAACUGCUAAUUACUGCUGGUGGAGAGAACAUAGCGCCAGUGCUAAUUGAGCAGACGAUCCAGUCAGAGUUACUUCAUAUUGGAUACGCCGUGCUUAUUGGUGACAAGCGCAAAUUCCUCGCCGUGCUAAUUACACUUAAGGCUAAAGUGGAUCCAGAGACGGCGGAUGCUUUAGACGAAUUGGAAAGUGAGGCAAGAAAGUGGGUCGCAAGUCUUGGCAGCACGGCUACGAAAAUCAGCGAGAUAGUCAACAAAAAAGACCCAGCGGUUUACAAAGCCAUCGAAGAAGGUAUCGGACGCGCCAACAAGCAUGCCAUCUCAAACGCACAGAAGGUCCAAAAAUUCGCAAUUUUGCCAUCUGACUUUUCAGUAAAUUCUGGAGAAUUAGGUCCAACGUUGAAAAUCAAGAGGAACGUUGUCUACGAGAAGUACAAAGAUAUCAUAGAAGACUUUUAUAAGGAAUAA